GAGUGUUGUAUGACCCCUAACUAACGGUUUGCAGAUUAUCUUAUCUAUCCACUGUCUCUCUCCCAGUCUCAGCACAACAGUAGUAGCAGGCCUUGUUGACCUGAAAUGAAAGGUCCAAAAUCUACCAAGUCUUCCUCCAUUUAAAGCUUUAUUAAGGUUUGAAGUAUAUUAGACUCAUUUGUCUAACUUUUAACCGUUUGAAAGAACAUAUAACUCUGAAUUGUCAACUGGGUCGUUUAUUCUGGUAUUGCUUGCUUGCUGAGUCACAUGUUCAUAUUAUUUUUUUGACCAAAGUAACAAUUUUCAUAUUAAAUUCCACAAUAUGCGUUGAAAGUCCAAACCAUUCAAUUCAAAUUUAACGCAUACCAUAAAUCCUUUGCCGCUUAGUUAUUGAUCACAUAUUUUCUUUGUCUAAGUAUUAAGUUUAUGAUAUCUUCAUUAUUAUGUGACUGUUUCUUCAAAAUCCGUCCACAUUAAAAUUAAAAAGACAUGCUUACCUCAAAUACAAAAAAUCGACAAGACACCAUUUUAUCCUCAAUAUUUUGUUCUUGACUCUUGAGUUGUAACUAUCUACUUUAUUUCUUCCCUUUUCAAUAAGAUUUUCCAUAUUUGUUUCUGUUACUGUUACAGAUAAUAACUGAAUUAUUAGGCCUAACGGUGCCAAAAAUAUAUAACUCUUUGUAUCUCUUGAUUUUUGCUUAGUAAAUAGAUAAACAGUUACAAUCUUUAUUUCUAGAUCACAUACAUAUAGUUGGAAGAAAUUGGCCUUUCAUUUUCAAUCUUCACGAAAAAACUUUGUCUGUCACAAGAAAGUUGUCAUGGGAAGCUUGUGAUUUUUCAUCUGCUGAACCAAUUCUGUCACAUCAAAGUUGGUUUUCUUAACUUCUGAUAAAUCAGUUUUUGGUGUUCAUAACUUAGAAUUUAGAAACAGAGGAAAAAAUAGAGAUACAGUUUCUUUUUUUUCCUUGAAUUGUUACUCUCAAAGUAGAUUUUUGAGAUGAAUCAUUCUGGAGCUGAAAGUGAUCAUAAAAUAACAUCAGUUGAAGUUAUCAAGGACAAAAAUGGAAUAGAACAAGUUGUUCUUCGAAACGUUCGAGGAGCUUCAGCAACGGUUAGCUUGCAUGGAGGGCAAGUUCUUUCAUGGAAAACAGAACGCGGUGAAGAGUUAUUGUUCACUAGUACCAAGGCCGUCUACACUCCUCCAAAACCAGUACGAGGAGGAAUUCCAAUCUGUUUUCCACAGUUUGGAAACCGUGGAACACUAGAGCAACAUGGAUUUGCAAGGAAUAAGAUAUGGGUUAUUGAUCAAAAUCCUCCACCGCUGCCCACAGAUUCAAAUGGAAAAGCUUGCAUCGACUUGCUGCUCAAACCAUCUGAAGACGAUAUGAAGAUAUGGCCACAUAGCUUCGAGUUUCGCCUAAGGGUCUGUUUGGCAGCAGAUGGCCGUCUGAAUAUGAUAUCUCGCAUCCGGAAUGUCAAUGGCAAGCCUUUCAGUUUCUCCUUUGCAUUUCAUACAUAUUUCUCGAUAUCCGAUAUCAGCGAAGUGAGGGUAGAAGGGUUGGAAACUCUUGACUAUCUGGAUAACCUACACCAGAAGGAACGCUUCACUGAACAAGGAGAUGCUUUAACAUUUGAAUCUGAGGUGGAUCGAGUUUAUCUCGAUUCUAGCAGUAUGGUAGCCGUUCUAGAUCACGAGAGGAAGCGAACAUUUGUGAUACGAAAGGAAGGUCUUCCAGAUGUUGUUGUUUGGAAUCCCUGGGAGAAAAAAUCAAAGUCAAUAGUGGAUUUUGGGGAUGAAGAGUACAAGCAAAUGCUCUGCGUGGAUGGUGCAGCAGUUGGAAAGCCAAUAACCUUGAAGCCGGGAGAAGAAUGGACCGGCCGUUUGGAGCUCUCCGUUGUUCCUUCUACAUGACUUGACUUCAAUGUGCAGUUUGAAAGAAAAUACUAACAUAAAUAAACCACCAAGCAUUGGUUAUUGUUUUAGCAAAUCUUUUGCAGCCUAAAAAUGAUGAGCAAUAUCAAUAAGAAGAGGUGCAUGUGUUGCUGUUCAAGAUCAACCACUUUUCAACUAUAUACACAUAUUAGUGAUGUAUAUGAGGUUAACUUGAGAAAUAUUAUGACUCUAUGAAGAUUUUUUUCUUCCUCUUUAUUGUAGUUAGCUUUGCAUUUAAUGUAAACAUCCAAGUCAUGUAAAUGAAAUUGUUGUAGUUAACUUUAAAAAAAGGAAAAAUAAAAUAAAAUUGACAGGAACCCAACUCCUACAAAUA